CCUUAGAAACAAACCACACAGGUAGGGUAGAUAUAUAGCACGCUCCUCCGAUCCGAAGUCGUGUCACAACCUCAAUCAGCUCUGCCGACCAUCUCAGCUCGCGAAAGGAAGCCCCUUCCCAGGACCCUCCCCCAUCUACCUUUAAUCCUCCAAGUCUCUUCAUAAUGGUCACCGGAGGGAAGAGGGAGAACAUGGUUGUUCUGACAAAGCCAGAGACCUUAGAGGGGGAACAGGAUGCUGAUUACACAGCUCCUAAUCCUCUCCAACUUAUUUUGAGUCUCUUUAAAAAUGUCAGGCCAGGAUCAGAUCUCACACGCUUUCAGUUGCCCCCUCUCCUCAACCUUCCAAAGUCGCAACUUCAGAGCUAUGGAGAAACAGUGUAUUGCACUGCUACCGAUAUGUUAAGCAGGUGCCACCGUGGUGAGGGCCCACAUGAAAGACUCAUAGCUGUUGUAGCAUGGAGCAUUUCCACUCUUCGUCCUGUGAAAUUUGGUGUUGCUCCUUACAAUCCUGUUCUGGGAGAGACGCACCAUGUUUCAAGGGGAAAUUUCAAUUUUCUACUUGAACAGGUUUCGCAUCACCCACCAGUAUCUGCACUCCAUGCAACCAAUGAGGAAGAAAAUGUCGAAUUGACUUGGUGUCAUCGUGUUGCCCCCAAAUUCCAUGGUACAUCAGUGGAAGCUGUGUUGCAGGGAAAAAGGCAGAUGAAGCUACUAAGUCAUGGAGAAACUUAUGUUAUGAAUGCGCCAAAUCUAUCAAUCAGAUUUCUUCCAGGUCCUGGGACAGAUUGGGUUGGCAAUGUCAGGAUCCAGUGCCAAGAAACUGGUCUGGAAGCUGAGUAUUGUUGCAAGAGCAGUUCUUUUAUGUGGCGCAGAGGAAAUCAUCGAUCUAUUAAAGGGAAGAUAUUCGAGUCAUCAUCGUUGAAGACUCUUUAUGAGAUUGAUGGUCACUGGGAUAGAAUUGUCAGAGUGAAGGACAUCAAUAGCGGGGAAUUUACAGAUAUAUACAAUGCAAAAGAAGUCAUUUCAAGGCUGAAUGCUACUAUUGUCAAGGAUCCUAGGGAAUUGUGGCCAAGUGAAUCAGCUGUGGUGUGGAGUGAGGUGAGCCAGUGCAUCCUGAGCAAAGACUGGGAGAAAGCAAGAGAAGCAAAGAGAACUGUUGAGGAAAAACAGAGGCAGCUACUGAGAGAGAGGGGCUCGAUUGGGGAAAGUUGGGUUCCUAAGCAUUUUACUGUGUCUCAUAGCAAGGAAAAUGGGUGGGAUUGCUCACCUAUUCAGAAGCGGGUCCCACCAGGGCCCAUAGUCGUGCCCCUUUGACUGACUGUUCAGAUUACAUCAAAUUAGUUACUUGCAAGCUACUGUUAGUAUUAUGAAUUUCUCAGAAUUCUUAGUAGCUGGACCAGCCCCACCUAUAUAAAUAACACUUCUUCUACGUACAAGCA